AUGCUUGGCCUUUUCUCAUUCUUCGUAGCGUUGGCUGCGGCUUACCCUGCUCGGGGGCCAUGCACAGGCGAUUGCUGGACACACGAUCCUUCUAUGAUUCAGCGUGAGUCGGAUGGCACAUACUUCCGAUUCUCCACAGGUACUGGAGUCAAUACGAUGACUUCGUCGUCCCUCAAGGGACCUUGGACCAAUGUUGGAGCAGCUCUACCUGAUGGAUCCAAGAUCUCUCUUACUGGAGUGAACAGUACUGAUAUUUGGGCUCCGGAUGUUCACUACUCAGAUGGCAAGUACUACAUGUACUAUGUGCUUUCUGAGCUUGGAACCCAGAACUCUGAGAUCGGCGUAGCUACCUCCACAACUAUGGAGCCUGGCUCUUGGACUGACCACGGCAUCAUUGGACUUCCCGCCAAUACCGAUUACAAUCGUAUUGAUCCCAACUGGAUCAACAUCGGCGGCACACAAUACCUUCAGUUUGGUUCUUACUGGCAGGAUAUUUUCCAAGUCAAGCUUGAGAGUGCUCUGGAGGUCGGAUCCAACACCCCAUACCAGAUUGCAUACAACGCUUCCCUUAACCACCGUUCGGAAGGAUCUUUCCUUUUCGAAUACAACGAUUACUACUAUCUUUUCUUCAGCUCUGGCAUUGCAGGUUCAUACACCGCUACCUACCCUGCUCAAGGACUAGAGUACAGUAUUCGUGUGUGUCGUUCCAGCACCGGAACCGGUGACUUCGUGGAUCAAGACGGCACCGCCUGUACGAACUCGGGAGGUACAAUGGUAUUGGCUAGUCACAACCAAGUUUAUGGACCUGGUGGAGAGGGUAUCAUCCAAGACAGCGAUCUCGGUCCCGUACUUUUUUACCACUUCUAUCUUUACUCUGAGAAAGAGGCUGGUGGUGACGGUAACGCAGGAUAUCGAUACGGAUGGAACGAGCUGAGCUGGGAGACUGGCUGGCCUGUCGUCAAGGCUACUUAG